AUCCCAGACCUCCCACGUGGACCAGAGGCGUGGUGCACUGCCGUGAAGCAGUGGGAAGACCCUGCUGCAUCCAUCGGCGGCAAGGCACUUAAGGAUUGGCCCGAAGAGUGGUACACUGGCCCCAUGCGCACGGUCACUGGCGUGAAGCGGAACAUCCGCAAGGUGAUCGCUGUCGAGUUCUACCGGCUGCAGCGGGACGAGGGAGUAUUUCUGGAAGCAUACCCUGAGGCGACCCGCGGUGUCAAGCCACUUUUCGAUGCGAUUCAG